AUGGAUCCGCGCAGAAAACGACGUCGAGUGCCCGAUGAGCUGCGGAAGCGGACUUCGCUGAGCUGUGAUUACUGUCGGAAGAGACGCUGCAAAUGCAUUCGCAAUGAACACGAACACGACUGCAUUGCAUGUCAGCAUACUGGUAUUCCCUGUGUGUCGACGUUCCAGAGGAAGACACGGCUGUAUGGUAGCGUGGAAACGAUCCGGGCCAGAAUUCUAUGUCUUGAAGCCAUCGUCAAGGGCGUCUUCCCCGAUGCCGUCACGAAUACGGUUCCAGCAUUACUGGAGCUGGGGCGAAGGGUCGGGGUUUCCAUGCCGGACGUGGAUACCCAGCAGGGGGAUCACGGUGACCAGGAAGAGAGGGAGGAGGCAGAGGAGGCGUCAUCAGAAUUCGGAGGCAUGGAUCAUACUACCAUGGAGAAGAAGCUACAGAAUGAUUUAGCGCAACAACAGCUGCCCUCGUCGAUCGAGCCGGUCUCGCAUUCUCCACGCCUCGUGCGAGACUCAUACGGCCAUUGCCAUUACAUCGGCCCGUCAGGCACAUUGUCAUUCUUCGCCCAGCUGCGAGACCUAAUUUCGGAGCAGCAGCCAGCCUCGCGGUUCGCUGCCGACACGGUCGCCGAGGCCCUGGAGGCCCAGGGCAGUCCCGAGGGUGCUCCUCAGAUGCGACAACAACAACAACAACAGCAGCAGCAGCAGCAGCAACAGUUGUCAGCUGGGCUCAGUCCCGCGACGGCCGCGACAGUCGAUGAGUUUCGGCGUUCCAGAGCGUAUAUCCAGUCGCUUCCUCUCAAUGCGAUAGAAACGCUGGUGCAGAGAUACUUUGACGUGGUGCAUGGCGAUCACCCGCUCUUUAACAGGACCCUCUUCCACGAGAACUUGCAGUCCUAUCUAUCAGCAUCAGAGCUAGAUGUCUCCAGAUAUUUAGAUGAAGGAUGGGUGGUCUGUCUGCAUCUGAUCUUGGUUUUUGGCGGGAUGCUGGUCGACCAUGAUAUCCCAGCAACUGUCGAUGUUGAUCUUCCUGCUCUGCAGACGCACUGCUGGACCUUGUCCCGGAUGGCCUUGCCGCGGAUGAUGACGACCUGUACAUUGUCCAAUGUGCAAGCGCUGCUGUUGAUGGGGCAUCUCUAUCACAAUAACAACGACCGCAACGCUUCGUGGACGCUGGUCGGAUGCGCCACCCGUGUUGCCAUUGCACUGGGCCUCCACGACGACAAUAUAAACCGGACUUUCCCCCUGGUGGAGCGGGAAACACGCAAACAUCUGUGGUGCUCGCUGUACGCGUUUGAGCGCUUUCUUUGCCUGUCGCUGGAUCGGCCCAGCGCGAUUGACAUUGACGAGGUCGAUAUUGCGCCGUCAGAUCAUGUUCUGGCCCAGGGCCAUGGCCAUGGGCUCCCCGGAUACUCCAAGGCCAGCGUGGAGCUGCAGAUCCUAGGCCACCGUUUGAAACGAACCAUCUUUCGGCCACCGCGGUCCAAGUCCGUGGCAGCAUCAUCCUCGUCAAACUUAUCAACCUCUUCGUCGGCAUCGACUUCGCCACCAGCCAACGACCCUACCGCCCUGCUUGGGGAACUCCAAGCGUGGAAAGCAUCACUGCCGGCAUAUCUAUCUCUAGAUGAUGCUGAGAUCCUGCGAACUUCCGAACCCCCUACUGCCGCACAGCUGCGCGACUUUGGCGCCCGCUAUCCGCCGGACCACCUACGGGCGCUGGCCAUGUUGGAUGUCCAAUUCCACAACCUGGUGAUCCUGAUCACGCGGCCGUAUCUGCUCAUGACCAUCUCGCAUAGCUGGCACAACCAGUCCCCUCCGGGCAGCUGCAUCUAUCCCUGGGAGGAAGAGGAGGAGGGGCAGACCCGGUCCAGCAGCAGCGCUGCGCCGCACGAGGCGACGACGACUCCCCUCCACCACGUCUCGCGCCUGGCCCGGCAGUGCGUGUCAUCGGCUCUGUGCGUCAGUAAUUUGCUCCUCAUGCUGGAUGCAUCCUGCGAGCUCCGCGGCCGGACAAGCCUGGAUUUCUUCUACGCCUAUUCGGCUGCCAUGGUGCUCUUACUACGGCUGCUGUGGCGGCCAUCUACCUCACCGCAAUAUGUAGUCAUGAAUAGAGAAGAAGGAAAGGAAAAAGCCAUGCGCCAUACCGUCCAAACUGUUGUUGACUGUCUCCGGCGUGUCCUCAGAGCGUCCGAUAAGUGUCUGACCAUGCAGCGGUUGACCAGCGUGGUGGAAAACUUUGCCGAAGCAGUCCACAGCAGUAUCUUGGCAAAUAGUAGCAGUACUGACCAUCUAGUACAGCAUGGUCAGCCUCCCUCGCUCGACGCAGGGCUCUCGAUGGGGGAGCACGAAGAGUUCUAUGAUCCCCUGGUGUGGCAGGAUCCGAUCGGGCUUGCGACGCAGCAUAAUGCGGACUGGUCAAAUUUCGAGCAUUUCCUCGGCAGUCUACAGUUUCAAUAG